UAUUCGGCCGCCUCCCUCCCUUACAACUAUACUAUACUGCUAUACAGCCCCCGGAACCGCGAUCUACAGCAUGUCGACAGGAGACCUUUACCUAGCCGCCGACGAGAGGGCCCGCGCCGCGCGCCGUGCGGGGCUCCAGGCGAAGAAGGACGAGCAGCUGGCGAAUACAGCGUGGAGCUACGCGUCAAAACAGCGCGAGUGGAAGAAGUGGUGCCUUGCGCCCCGUAUAGCUAUAGACGGGUCUUCCUACAGCUGGCCUGACGGGGAGCUUGUGACCCCUGACAAGCUGGCAGCAUGGCUCAGCGAGGAUAUCCUCCUCCGGCGCGUCAAGACCCCUGCAGGCCAGAGGCACCCGCAGCUGCGCAGUGCAGCUGGGCAGCUACGCAGGGAGCAGGACGACGCGGCUGCCCUGACUAAGGCAAAGACCCUAGCUGCAGACCUUCAGUUGCCGCUAGCUGAAGCUGCCGAGCUGCUUGCAGACGACCGCAAAGACUAUAUAGCCCCUGCCAGCCUUACACCUACAAGAGGCGUACAGCCAGACCUAGACCCAGAAGUGCCAGCAGAACCAUUACUUACGCAGGGUACAGUCGACGCCUAUAUUGCGGCUGUAAUUAAGCUCUGGCAGGUCCAGGUAGCCCACAGCAACCGUAAUACGGAGAACCCCCACAGCGCUGCAGUCCGUAGCUUCCUUGAGCAGCGUGGGCGGCAGCGCGGCCGGCUAGACCAGGAGUCCUUCCAGGACCGCGGGAAAGAAGGGAUUCAGGCUGGCUAUUCGCCUAAGGAGUGGCUCCGUAUACAGGACCUCCUACUCGGCGGCACUGCACUACUCCUGCAAAACCUACGUACCUGUGUGGACCUACUCUUUGGCCACUACUACCUCCUGCGCGGCGAGAACCGGCGGAAAAUGGAGCUGGCUGACCUGUCCCUUCUUGACUACCCUGCUUCUGAAGGCCCUACACCCUGCAGCUGCCUUGUAAGCCUGCUGCAAGACAGCAAGCUGAAUAAGACAGCGCGGAAGGAAUUUAUGGGCGCCCUCUGCCACAAGGACCCCCUCCUCUUCCUUGUUGGCCAGGACCGUGAGCAGGAGAUUUCAUACGCUACGCAGCUUCAGGAGACGUGGCGUAUAUUUGGCGCCGCCAGGCUAGUCUCAGCAAAGAAGACGCACCUCCCGCGAAGGGUAGGCGCGCAGGAUGCCGAGACCUACGGCACCUCCUUAGCGCAGAUCUCGCAGGCAGGCUGCUGGAACCAAAGUGUGCUUGUAAAGGCCUACCUUACACACCUGCCCUGGCAGUUCAUGCAGGUUCCGUGGAUUGAGGAGUGGGAGCCACGCUUUGCAGCCCAUGCGUGCCGGGAGGGCUGGGCAGAGGGGGGGCUUGACAAGGAUGACUUAGCUGCUGACGGCUUUAUCAAGCUUCUCCAGCACCUGCGGAAAGUCCUGCUCCAAGACUUAGCAGAUGCCUUUGCCCACGCAGUACAGGCAGACGCUGUCGCUGGCGAGCCGCAAAGCUUACUCCUGCAGCAUGCACUGCCAGAGCUAAGCUCCAUCCUGGAGAGUAUGCGCAAGGCAGUCCUUUAUAACAGUACACGCCUUGCAGGCCAGCUUGACGGGCGGCUUGGGGAGCUCCAGGGCAGCUUUGAAAGCCAGCUGCAAGGUCUACGCGGAAGCCUCGACACGCUAAUCCAGGGCCGUAUCCCAAUCACCCUAACCAGCUACUUCAGGCCGCCGCCGCCGCAGGACCCUACUUUGGCAGUGACGACUGUGCCGGCAGUGCCAGGGCUAGUCAGUGCAGCAGGGUUAGCCGACCCUGCCGCAGCUUCUACGCCUAGCAUAAGCACGCCUAUAUACGUAGCACUGGCUAAGGCGUAUACAGUGGCAGAUACCUGGCGCGAGUGGAAGGAAGGGCUUGGUGGCCGGCCGGCUAUACAGUCGCUAGAGGAGACGUGGGGGAGUAGCUGGCGGCCAGGCAACGCAGUACGGGUCCAAUUCUGCCGUCGGAAAGUUAUCUGGGAUGCUAUACAGGGCCGUGUAGCCGGCAGGGCAAGUGAGGAGGAGGCUGUCGCUGAGCUUGAGCUCCUGCGCGCCGGCCGAAGUCUAAACCGGCUUGUUGAUAACCUUAAGCAGCGCCGGCAGCACGGGCAGAGGGCCCGUAGUAGUACGCCUGCCGGCCGCGGGCAGGGCCGGGCACGGCGCUUCCAGCUGUUUGGGAGGCGUGGUGGGCUGCAGAGACAUGCUGUAGCUACAUAGUCUGCCUUAGGAGCCUCCGUUAGGGAGCCCUAUACAGGCCAAUAUAAUAUAUAUAACACGAUACCA